GCAGUUUCGACGACCGACAACGAAGACGACAUGACUGGCGUGGACUUGAUCGUCGUGGGCCGACACGUGGUCCCGGUGGUGCCCGAAGGCGCGAUCCUCGAGAACCACGCGCUCGUCAUCACGAGCGGCGUCAUCCAGGACAUCCUUCCGGCCGACGACGCGCUGGCCAAGUACACGGCGAAGGAGGUCGUGCGCCUCGACGAGCACAUUUUGAUGCCUGGCAUGGUCAACGCGCACACGCACGCGUCCAUGACGCUUCUCCGCGGCCUCGCCGACGACAAGCCGCUCUGCAACUGGUUGAUGGAAGACAUUUUUCCCACCGAGGGCAAGUUUGUCAGCGACGAGUUCGUCCGCGACGGGACGCUCCACUCGGCCGCCGAGAUGCUCCGGUCGGGCACGACGUGCGCCAACGAAAUGUACUUCUUCCCGGAUGCGGCCAUUGAGACGUUCGAGGCCGUCGGCAUGCGUGCGCUCGUGGGGCAGAUCGCGGUGGAAUUUCCGACCGCAUAUGGCUCGGGCCCGGACGACUACUUUACCAAGGCCCGUGCCAUGUUUGCCAAGCACAAGGACUCGAAGCUGGUCAAGCUCAGCGUUUGCCCGCACGCGCCGUACACGGUCUCGGACGCGACGUUCGCCAAGGUCAAGGCCAUCUCGGACGAGUUCAACGUGCGCGUGCACCUCCACUUGCACGAGACGGAGGGCGAGUGCUGCGACAGCGAGACCAAGACGCCGUCGAUGCUGUGCCACCAGAGCCCUGAAAAGUGCCGUCCCCUUCAGAACAUGCAGCGCCUCGGCAUUCUGAACGAGAAGCUCAUUGCGGCGCACAUGACGCAGCUCACGGACGCCGAGAUCGACCAGGUGGCCGCCGCGGGCACGAGCGUCGCCCACUGCCCGUCGUCCAACCUCAAGCUCGCGUCGGGCAUCUGCCGCGUCUCGGACCUCCUUGCCAAGGGCGUCAACGUCGCGAUUGGCACGGACGGCGCGGCGAGCAACAACACGCUCAACAUGUUUGCCGAGAUGAAGCUCGCGGCGAUCCUCGCCAAGGCCGAGUCUAAGGAGUGCACGAGCGUGCCGGCGGCGACGGCGCUGCGCAUGGCGACGCUCAACGGCGCCAAGGCGGUCGGCAUGGACCACAUCAUCGGGUCCCUCGAAGUCGGCAAGCAUGCUGAUAUCGUUGCGGUCGCCGCUGACUCGAUCGAGAUGCUUCCGAUGUACAACGCGGUUAGCCACCUCGUCUACGUCGCGGGCCGGAGCACGUCUCGGAUGUCUGGGUCGCGGGCCAGCGCCUUCUGAAGGACCGCGCGCUUACGACGAUCGACGAGUCGGUCGUCAAGAGCCACUGCAAGAAGUGGUACAGCGCCAUUAGCUCGCACCACGCCGAAAUGCAGCAAACCAAGUAACUGGAGGUGGAAAACGCCGUUGAAUACAACGAUCCAUAUUGUGUCUCGCG